AUGUCAUCAUCCUUAACUUAUUUUAAUAAAGAUACUUUUCUUGAUGGUACAGGUCGAGGUAAAUUAUCUCGACAAGUUAAAUUUACAUUAAAAUCAAAUAUGGAAUCAUCAUGUCCACCAUCAUUAUCCAUUAUUAAAGAUAAAACUAAUAAAAAAAAAUCUCAUCAUACUCCUGAAAUAGUUUCUAUUGAUGUACCACUUCCAUUACCAGCUAAUCUGGAAUAUGUUAAACCUAUAUUUAUUCCAUGUGAACAAUUUCCAUCUAAUUAUAUAUCUUCAACAAGUUUAUCUAUAUUACAUUGGUCAAAAUAUCAUGGACGAAAUGUUUCAUUCUAUUUAAAAGAAAUUGGUUAUUUUUCAACAGCUGAUCGUUCAGAUGCAAAUCGUUGUCGAGAAGAUUUUCGUUAUUUAAAACAACUUAUUUAUGAUAUUAAUGAUAUAAGACAAUUAAAACAAUUGAAAAUCGAAUUUGAUCUUAAUAUUGGUUCAGCUUAUUUAAAUCCAACUGAACCAUCAACAUCACUUGACGCUUUACUUUGGUGGAUUAGUAGACAUAAAACAAGUUUAUUAGAUAAUAAAGGACGAUUUACAUUUGAUUUUGUUGCAUGGCGUGGAACAAUAAGAAAAAUUAUGUCAUCAUUAUUUAAUAAUGAAACUGAUUGGCGUAUUGGUGUUAUUCGUUAUCGUGGUGCUUAUUUUUUAUAUGUAUUUCAUACAGAAACAGAAUUAAAUAUAGAAUUUGGUCAAACACCUGUUGAAAGGCGAAUGUGUUAUUGGGGACAUAAAUUUGAAGAUUAUCUUUGUUCAGGUAUGUUAUGUGAAUAUUAG